CGCGCCUGUUACUGGUCUGCGCGCUGCGGCGUAGGGGAAGCGCUUCAGGCCCGCAAGCCCCGCGCGUCCGGGUGGUGGUAGCGCCAUGAGUUCCAUCGGCACCGGGUAUGACCUGUCAGCCUCUACAUUCUCUCCUGAUGGAAGAGUUUUUCAAGUGGAAUAUGCUAUGAAAGCUGUGGAAAAUAGUAGUACAGCUAUUGGAAUCAGAUGUAAAGAUGGUGUCGUCUUUGGGGUAGAAAAAUUAGUCCUUUCUAAACUUUAUGAAGAAGGUUCCAACAAACGACUUUUUAAUGUCGAUCGGCAUGUUGGCAUGGCAGUAGCAGGCUUGUUGGCAGAUGCUCGUUCUUUAGCAGACAUUGCAAGAGAAGAAGCUUCCAACUUUAGAUCUAACUUUGGCUAUAACAUUCCACUGAAACAUCUUGCGGACAGAGUGGCCAUGUAUGUACACGCAUAUACGCUCUACAGUGCUGUUAGACCUUUUGGCUGCAGUUUCAUGUUAGGAUCUUACAGUGUGAAUGACGGUGCACAACUUUACAUGAUUGACCCAUCAGGUGUUUCAUACGGCUACUGGGGCUGUGCGAUUGGCAAAGCAAGGCAAGCAGCAAAGACAGAAAUAGAAAAACUACAGAUGAAAGAAAUGACCUGCCGUGAUGUUGUUAAAGAAGUUGCAAAAAUAAUUUAUAUAGUACAUGAUGAAGUUAAGGAUAAAGCUUUUGAAUUAGAGCUCAGCUGGGUUGGUGAAUUAACUAAAGGAAGACAUGAAAUUGUUCCAAAAGAUAUAAGGGAAGAGGCAGAGAAAUAUGCUAAGGAAUCUUUGAAGGAAGAAGAUGAAUCAGAUGAUGAUAAUAUGUAACAUUUACUUCAGCAUCUGUUUUAAAUUUCUAAUAUGGUCCCAUGUAACUAUUUCGCUUACUGGAUUAUUACAUAUCCAUUAACCAGUUUUCAUUAAACUUUUGUCUUGUAA